GAAGAGUGUCAAUUCCAGAGUUAGACUGGGCUCUUCUGUCUGUAUCAAUUCUGUUUUCUUGACAAGCUCAGUGCCUCUAUCUCAAUUUGUUGAGAUUUACCAAGAUGAAGAAUUUUGUUCUUCUUGCGUUUUCUGUCCUUCUGUUCUGCACAAUUGCUCAAGGUCUUGUUUGCAAUGUUUGUAAAUACAAAGUGGGCUUUGUGUGUUUGAGAUCUGGAGAACCGUGCAAACCUAAGGAUGGCCAACUAUGCGAAGUGGCUGAAGUUUAUUUAGCUGGCUUUCUGUUCUUUAGAAGAUACGGGUGUGGUGAAUAUAGAGAACUCUGCGGCAAGACCGAGAGGAGGGACACUCCCUUUAGAAGAACCUACAAGCGUACGUGCUGCAGCACCGACUUAUGCAAUAAGGAUUAAGCUUCAGCUUCCAAUGUUUAGCACAGCUCAGUUUGGGAAGGCGGGGGAGAGCUGCAAUGCAUAAAGGUUGAUCCUGAUGUGUUCUCUCUCUUUUUUUCCCCCUCUUGGCUUAAAAGAAACACCCAAAUUGUUCUCUCAUCCCCUUGUCUUGUUGUUGUCCCUAAUUACACAAGGACAUGGUCUCACCUUCCAACACUUUGUGAUCAUAAUGGCAGCUCACGCAUCAUAAUGUGAGCCCUUCGGAAGAAACAUGCUAAGGCCACCUGCUUUCCGGGGGCUCACUUAAGUCAUUUUUGAGGUUGGAUGGCAUCUCCUCCAUGCCCUCCGGAAAAAAUAUACGGCUUUAAUCCACUAUCCCAAAAGUGCUUUUUCAGGAGGCAAUUGGACU